AUGUCGCCGGCAUCCAAUAUUGAUUUGUUCGCUCCCUUUGAGCGGGAUAUCAUACUUGAGAUACGCACUAGCAAAAUGGAAAUGAUGCCAGGACUCAAAAUCGAGACGGGUAUACACAAGAAAUUACGAUCCGGUCGCAUUCCUGUUUCGUUUGUCGGACUCGAUUCGGAUGAGCAUGAUCUUGUAUUCCACGGCGGCCCUGAUAAAGCGAUUCACGGAUACUGUUGUACUCAUUAUCCGACAUGGAAAGAUGAAUUUCCCGAUGCCGCUACACGUUUCGAGCGUGGCGGCUUCGGUGAGAACUUCGUAACGGAGCGUAUGAAUGAGAGAAACGUAUGUAUUGGAGACAUAGUAAGUGUCGGCAAUGACGGUGUCUUGCUCCAAGUCAGCUUGCCACGGCAACCAUGCUUCAAGUUAAACCACCGCUUUCAAAUCAAAAACUUUGCGCCAAACACCUACAAGACCAGUCGUACAGGAUGGUAUUACCGAGUGCUACACGAAGGCACCGUGCAGGCAGGAGACGAGAUCCGGCUUGUGGAACGCAGGUGGCCGAAGUGGACCAUCGAGCGUGUACAAGAAUACCUCCACAGAACACAAGACAACGCCGCCAUGAACGAAGAACUGGCAGCCAUAACAGAUAUGGGUGAUGAGAGCAGGAAGGCAUUUGAGAGACGCGUGGAAAAGCUCAAGGCUAAGCAGAAACGCGAGGCCGCUGCUCUCAAUGGCGAGGAUAAGGAGAAGUGGCGCGACUUCCGCAUUGUCGAGAAAAAGUCUGAGACCCCGCGCAUCGCGUCUUUCGUCCUUGAGGCGGUGACCCCGGACCCGAACGCAGGUGAAAUGCCGCUUGGUGCGCAUGCGCGACUAAGACUACCAAAUGGCCUCAUGCGCUCGUACUCCGUCGUCUCCGGGACCCCGGAUCGGUUCGAGCUCGGUAUCGCUCUUGAAGAGCCGAGUCGCGGCGGUUCAGCGUACUUGCAUAACACAGCGAAAGAAGGCGAUACAAUCCAAAUCGGCCGCGUGACCUCGGACGUGAAACCCGCCGGCGCAGCUAGCAACCACGUCUUCAUCGCCGGCGGGAUCGGCAUCACCGCAUUCCUCAGCUUACUAGACAUGUACCAGAAGAUCCACUGGGAAUCCACGCUCCACUACGGCGUGCGCGAAGCUCCUGCCGAUAUACCGUUCAAAUCACGCAUCGACGCGCUCGGAAAAGCGGUUAAAGUUUACGAUCGGAGUAAGGGCCAACGCAUGGAUAUCCCAUCCAUCUUCGCCAACCUGCCGUGGAACUCGCACGUUUACGUGUGCGGCCCGAACCGCAUGCUGGAGGAAGCCAUGCGCGAGGCGAAGAAACGCGGGCUCGGCGAGGAGGAAGUCCAUUUCGAAGCGUUUGGCGCGGAUACCUCCGGCGAUCCGUUCGAGGUGGAGGUUUUCUCCGCGCGGGAGGGAAAGCGGACGAGUUUAAAGGUUGGGGGUGAGGAGACGUUGUUGGAGGUGCUGAGACGGCGGUUUGGUGAUGAGGAUGUGGCGAGUAGUUGUGAGGUGGGGAAUUGUGGCACGUGUAAGGUUGUGUUGAAGAGUGGGAGGGUCGAUCAUAGGGGGACGGGGCUGUUGGAGAGUGAGAGGGCGGGGGCGAUGCUUAGUUGUGUUAGUAGGGGGAUUGGGAAGAUUGCGAUUGAGAUUUGA